GCCAGGGUCUAAACGGGCAUGCACAAGCCAUGCCUACCAUACGAUUCCAAAAAGGAAUCCAGCUAUUUCAAUGCUCGCCACGUUUUGAUGUCGAAGCCCUCAUGUGUUCUUUCAUCGGAUGAUUCCACAUUGCAGCCCUCAUCGCCGUGGUACAGGGUGCAACACGUUGGUUCUGGCCGAAAGCGCUUGCCACAGAACCAAUUACUUAAAUGUCUAGCAGCCGUUAUCCAUCUCUCUAAUAGACUUACCGGGUCGCAAGUGAAAGAAGAUGUCUGACAGCUACGGCUCCACAGACAUGACAAGUGCAGCAGACACAAGGAGUACAUAUUCACAGCAGGGGUAUCAAGGUCGACCGCGUAACGUGGUUCUCUAUGGAGAGAGUGGUGUGGGCAAAAGCUCGCUCAUAAACCUUAUCAUGGGUCGUGAUGCAGCGAAAACAUCUCCUGACGCCCUCGCGUGUACUACUACACAUGCUCCGUAUGAUGUGACAAUCAGCGGGCAAUGCUUCAGGCUGUGGGAUACAGCGGGGUUAAACGAAGGCUCAGAAGGCACUGUGCCUGCGGUGAUAGCUGAAAGGAACUUGAUCGCGUUCCUCCAAGGUCUAAACCAUGAAGACGGUGUCCAUCUUCUUAUAUAUUGUGUGCGCGGAACGCGAGCAACGAAGGCUCUGCAGACCCACUACAAAAUAUUCUCUGCAGUCAUCCAUGAUAGCAAAGUGCCCACUAUUGUUGUGGUGACAUGCCUGGAAGACUUCCGUCCCAUGAUGGCAGAGUGGUGGAACAAAAACAAGGACGAGCUUGCGACAUAUGGAAUGCAAUUCUCUGGAUAUGCUUGUGUCACAACUCUGAAGGAUGGACCCACGGGGUCCUCGGAUAUUCACCAGCGUCGUGCACAGUCCUACGAAGAUGUCUGCAGAUGCAUCCUAGACCAUUGUUCGCAGACACCUCACAAGGCGUGGGGCGCUGAUACUAUCAAAGAUCAGCGAAGCUUCCUCACGAUUUUGCUGCAGAAAUUAGCUCGUUUUGUUGGAGGAACCCACCGUGACAAGGGCACCUCACAGGUAUCUUUGCCGUAACUAAUUCUUGUACGAUCGAUUUUUGUGGAAUGAAAUAGACGCUGGCUCCACAGUAACCUCCUGAGUGUGGUAUCGAACUUC